AUGUACAGAGAAAAGCCACGAGAAGCAUGCUUCGACCCAGGGAACAUAAUGAACGGAACUCGACUGGGAAUGGACUACAAGCUGGGAUCAACUGUGACAUACCAGUGUGAUUCUGGUUACACCAUUGCGGGACCACCUACUCUCACCUGCAUCAUGGGGACUGAUGGGAAACCUGUAUGGGACAAAGCUCUGCCUACGUGUAAAGCACCAUGCGGUGGGCAGUACACUGGAUCAGAGGGAGUGGUAUUAUCCCCAAAUUACCCUCUCAACUAUACGACAGGCCAGACCUGCUCCUACUACAUCACAGUGUCUGGAGAAUUUGUGGUGUUUGGGCAAUUUGCCUAUUUCCAGACAGCCAUGAAUGACUCCGUUGAGCUAUUUGAUGGGCCCAAUCAGAAUUCUAGGCUGCUAAGCUCCCUGGCUGGGUCUCAUUCCGGAGAAACCUUGCCCUUGGCCAUCUCAAACCAAAUCAUGCUGAGAUUCAGCGCAAAAAGCGGCCCGUCCGCCAAAGGUUUUCAUUUUGUUUACCAAGCUGUUCCACGCACCAGUGAUACACAGUGCAGCUCCAUCCCAGAGCCCAGAUACGGCAGGCGGAUCGGGUCCGAAUUCUCAGCUGGCUCCAUUGUUCGUUUCGAGUGCAACCCUGGAUACCUCCUCCAGGGAUCCAAAGCCAUCAAGUGUCACAUAGUCCCUAACGCUCUGGCGCAGUGGAAUGACACUAUCCCAAAUUGUAUAGUCCCAUGCAGCGGGAAUCUGACAGAAAGGAGAGGUACCAUCCUCUCCCCCGGGUUCCCGGAGCCUUAUGGGAACAGCUUGAACUGUGUGUGGAAAAUCAUUGUUACCGAAGGAGCUGGUAUCCAGAUCCAAGUCAUGAGUUUUGCCACCGAGCACAACUGGGACUCAUUAGAAAUCUAUGAUGGUGGCGAUAUGACAGCUCCAAAGCUCGGGAGCUUUUCAGGUACAACGGCUCCAGCCUUGUUGAACAGCACCUCCAACCAGCUUUACCUGCACUUCCAUACAGAUAUCAGUGUCGUCGCUGCUGGAUUUCAUCUAGAGUACAAAACUGUGGGACUGACGACCUGCCCGGAGCCCGUGAUCCCGGCCAAUGGCAUCAAGAACGGUGACAGGUACAUGGUGAACGAGGUUGUGUCAUUCAGCUGUGAGCCGGGGUACAUGCUUCAGGGACAUUCUCACAUGACGUGUAUGCCGGGAACCGUACGUCGCUGGAAUUACCCCCCUCCGCUCUGUAUUGCGAAGUGUGGCGGUACCCUGUACGAUAUGAGCAAUGUUGUCCUGAGCCCGGGUUUCCCUGGGAAUUACCCUGGAAACUUGGACUGCACCUGGAGAAUCAUGCUUCCUGUUGGAUACGGUGGGUGCGCCGAGAGCUGGCUCUGGAUCAGCUGUCUGGAGAUUACAGCUUCAAAUGCUUUCGUGUCCCCUUUAUUUUCAUAUGAAUUACAAAACUGUCAAGACCCAUAUCCAUUCCACAACGGGUAUAUCAUCAACAGCGAUUUCAACGCAGGCCAGUCCAUAACAUUUGAAUGCUUCCCUGGAUAUGUGUUGGUCGGCCACCAUGUGCUAACAUGCCAGCAUGGAAUCAACAGGAAGUGGAACCACCCUUUUCCUCGCUGUGAAGCUCCCUGCGGCUACAACGUGACGGCUCCAAACGGAACCAUUUUCUCUCCAGAGUACCCAAAUGAGUACCCAGACUCUCAGGACUGCACUUGGCUCAUCACCGUGCCCCAUGGUCACGGGGUUUACAUCAACUUCACCCUGCUCCAGACUGAGCCUGUGACUGACUAUAUCGCUGUCUGUCAAUCAUAUGAAUUACAAAACUGUCAAGACCCAUAUCCAUUCCACAACGGGUAUAUCAUCAACAGCGAUUUCAACGCAGGCCAAUCCAUAACAUUUGAAUGCUUCCCGGGAUACGUGUUAGUCGGCUACCCUGUGCUAACAUGCCAGCACGGAAUCAACAGGAAGUGGAACCACCCCUUUCCUCGCUGUGAAGCUCCCUGCGGCUACAACGUGACGGCUCCAAACGGAACCAUUUUCUCUCCAGAGUACCCAAAUGAGUACCCAGACUCUCAGGACUGCACUUGGCUCAUCACCGUGCCCCAUGGUCACGGGGUUUACAUCAACUUCACCCUGCUCCAGACUGAGCCUGUGACUGACUAUAUCGCUGUCUGGGACGGCCCAGAGCAAAGCUACCCACAGCUGGGAAUUUUCAGCGGCAACACAGCCCUCGAGUCAGCCUACAGCACUUUCAAUCAGGUUCUUAUCAAGUUCCACAGCGACUUCUCGACAAGUGGAUUCUUUGUCCUCAAUUUCCAUGCUUAUGGGCUCAAGAAAUGCCCUCCUCCCCCUACGGUUGAACAAGCAGAGGUAUUAUUUGAAGACCAGGACUACGAAAUCGGUGACAUUGUGAGGUAUAGAUGCUUUCCUGGAUUUACAUUGGUUGGUAGCGAUGAGCUCACCUGUAAGCUGAAUUUUCACCUGCAGUUUGAGGGUCCACCACCGGUGUGUGAAGCUCAGUGUCCCGCAAAUGAGGAACAGUCUGCCUCCUCUGGUGUGAUCCUGAGUCCAGGCUUCCCAAAAAACUACCCCAACUCCCAGACCUGCUCUUGGAUCAUCAGAGUGCAGCCUGCCUUCACCAUCGCCAUUUAUGUGGAAAUGUUUCAGAGCGAGAAGCAGUUUGACGAACUGGAGAUCUUUGAUGGGCCAUCUGGACAGAGUCCAUUGCUGGUGGCUUUGAGUGGGAACCACUCCACACAAUUGAAUUUCACUAGCAAAACAAACCAGCUUUACCUCAGAUGGUCAACUGAUCAUGCGACCAGCAAGAAAGGCUUCAAAAUACGCUACACAGAAUUUGGAGGCAUUAUUAUGGCGUUUAAUGGCAAGAUCACAGGUUGUAAUGUCAUUUCAAUGCGUGUUUCCUCUUCCAGGGACGGCCCAGAGCAAAGCUACCCACAGCUGGGAAUUUUCAGCGGCAACACAGCCCUCGAGUCAGCCUACAGCACUUUCAAUCAGGUUCUUAUCAAGUUCCACAGCGACUUCUCGACAAGUGGAUUCUUUGUCCUCAAUUUCCAUGCUUAUGGGCUCAAGAAAUGCCCUCCUCCCCCUACGGUUGAACAAGCAGAGGUAUUAUUUGAAGACCAGGACUACGAAAUCGGUGACAUUGUGAGGUAUAGAUGCUUUCCUGGAUUUACAUUGGUUGGUAGCGAUGAGCUCACCUGUAAGCUGAAUUUUCACCUGCAGUUUGAGGGUCCACCACCGGUGUGUGAAGCUCAGUGUCCCGCAAAUGAGGAACAGUCUGCCUCCUCUGGUGUGAUCCUGAGUCCAGGCUUCCCAAAAAACUACCCCAACUCCCAGACCUGCUCUUGGAUCAUCAGAGUGCAGCCUGCCUUCACCAUCGCCAUUUAUGUGGAAAUGUUUCAGAGCGAGAAGCAGUUUGACGAACUGGAGAUCUUUGAUGGGCCAUCUGGACAGAGUCCGUUGCUGGUGGCUCUGAGUGGGAACCACUCCACUCAAUUGAAUUUCACUAGCAAAACAAACCAGCUUUACCUCAGAUGGUCAACUGAUCAUGCGACUAGCAAGAAAGGCUUCAAAAUACGUUACACAGCCACGUACUGCAGUGUGAACGAUCAACCCAAGAAUGGAGGAGUCAUUAAUAGGGCGAGAGAUCGGCCAGGCAGUAGGCUCCAGUAUUACUGCAACGCUGGCUACAGGCUCGUGGGUCACAGAAAUGCCACAUGCAGACUCCAUCUCAAUGGACUUUACCAGUGGGACAAUCCGGCCCCACUGUGUCAAGCUGUGUCUUGCGGAGUGCCAGACUCUCCUGCUAAUGGCUCAUUCCACGGCUUCCAAUACACAGUGGGCAGUAAGGUGCAGUACCAAUGCGAGGAGGGCUAUAAGCCUGAUGCAAGCAGCCUGCUCACUGCCGUCUGCCUGGAGGAUGGCACCUGGAGCAACGUGGCACAUCCUACCCACUGUUUACCGGUUCAAUGCCCUAACAUUGAGAGCUUGCUCUCAGAACACAUGGUGUGGCGUCUCAUCUCAGGCUUGCUGAAUGAGUUCGGUGCACGAAUAAUGCUAAGCUGUUCCCCUGGCUACUAUCUGGCAGGCAGGAGGACCAUCAAAUGCUUAGCUAAUGCAACGUGGGAAGGGCUGGAGGAGAAGUCUACCUGCAAGAUUAUUUCCUGUGGGGAGCUUCCGUCCCCUCCUAAUGGCAGGAAGAUGGGCACUCUGACUACCUAUGGCGCCACAGCUAUCUUCAUGUGCAACACAGGGUACACUUUAGUGGGCUCGCACGUGAGGGAGUGUCAGGCUAACGGUCUCUGGAGUGGAGAUGAGACCAAAUGUCUGGCUGGUCAUUGUGAUUCUCCGGAUCCGAUUGUUAAUGGCCACAUCAGUGGUGAUGGAUCUAGUUAUAGGGACACAGUCGUUUAUCAGUGCAACCUGGGCUUUCGGCUUAUAGGGACAUCGGUUCGUAUCUGCCAACAAGACCACAGGUGGUCAGGCCAACCACCUGUGUGUGUUCCCAUAACCUGCGGCCAUCCUGGAAACCCUGCAAACGGUCGGACAAACGGCAGUGAGUUUAAUCUCAACGACGUGGUCAACUUCACCUGCAACACAGGCUAUUUGUUGCACGGUGCAUCCAGAGCGCAGUGUCGCAUGAACGGACAGUGGAGCAACCCUCUUCCUGUGUGCAAGGUGGUAAACUGCUCUGAUCCAGGCUUUGUGGAGAACAACAUUCGUCACUCUCAACAGCACUACCCCGAAAGCUUCAACUACAGAAACACCGUGAUGUAUCACUGCAAGAGGGGCUUCUAUCUGCUCGGCUCCUCCGUCCUCACCUGCCAGUCAAAUGGCUUCUGGGACAGAUCACUUCCUAAGUGCCUUCCAAUAUCCUGCGGUGAUCCCGGCACACCGCCGUUUGCUGUCAUGUCGGGCCAGAAGUUCACCAACAGAGCUGUGGUCCAUUACUCUUGCAGCCAGGCCCGGACUUUGGUGGGGAACGCCACGCGCCAGUGUCUGGAUGAUGGCCGGUGGAGCAGCUUGCCGCCCUACUGCUCAGGUGAUAAUCCGGGAUUCUGUGGCGAUCCAGGAAUUCCUCCUCACGGUUCUCGUCUUGGGGAGGAGUUCAGACAUAAAAGCCUCCUAAGGUUCACGUGCGAAGCGGGCUACACGCUGAUCGGAUCUUCCGAGCGCACCUGUCUGCAGAACGGGUCCUGGAGCGGAACCCAGCCUGUGUGUGAAGCUGUAUCCUGUGGAAAUCCUGGAACACCGGCCUACGCCAGGAUCGUUUUCAGCGAUGGUAUGCUGUUUCCUAGCUCGGUGACAUACGCCUGCUGGGAGGGGUACAAGACCUCGGGUCUCACCACUCGCCAUUGCACCACCAAUGGCACCUGGACCGGCUCAGCACCAGAUUGCAUCGUUAUUAGCUGUGGGAAUCCUGGUCCAAUUGCCAACGGAAUUUACAUUGGAAAUGAGUUCAUAUUUAACAAAACCGUCCACUAUUGCUGUAACCCUGGGUAUGUAAUGGAGCCCCCUGGUUCAUCUACUCUACGCUGCAGCAAAGAUGGCACUUGGAAUCAGACCAAACCAAGCUGCAGAGUCAUAAUGUGUGGUCAGCCGCCAGCUAUUCACAAUGGGCGAGUGGAGGGCUCAGACCUGCAGUGGGGCUCUAGUGUUACCUACAGCUGCUUUGAAGGAUACCAGUUGUCCUCUCCUGGAAUAGCCACAUGUGAAGGGAACGGCACAUGGCGUGGUGAAAUCCCUCAGUGUCUGCCCGUGUUAUGUGGAGAUCCAGGCACCCCUGCAGAGGGCUUCAUAGAGGGCCGGCAGUUCACCUACAAAUCAGAGGUGUCAUUCUACUGCAGACCUCCAUUCCUGCUGGUGGGCUCCUCAAGAAGAGUUUGUGAGGCAUACGGUUCAUGGAGUGGAAUACAGCCUUCUUGCAUUGAUCCAACCAACAAUGCAUGUAAGGAUCCCGGAACCCCAGCAUAUGGAAUUCCAGUCCAGGCUCAGGGAUUUGAGGUUGGAAGUAAAAUUUUCUUCAGAUGUCGGAAAAACUAUCACAUCCUCGGCUCAACAACGAGAACAUGUUUAGAAAAUUUAACAUGGAGUGGGAUGCAACCAGAGUGUGUUGCACAUGCCUGUAGACAGCCUGAGACGCCAUCUCAUGUAGACGUGAAGGCUAUAGACCUACCUACUCUAGGUUACACACUCAUGUAUACAUGCCAAGAUAGUUUCUACUUAUCUGGAGGAUCAGAGCACAGGACUUGCAAAGCAGAUGGAAGGUGGUCAGGCAAACCUCCAGUCUGCAAAGUUGGACCAAAAAUAAACAGCAAAUCAAAUGAGGAUCCAGACCUGCUGAAAAACAAGAUUCGUGUUCCUGCAGAUGUGUUCUCUUUGAACUCUGGUUGGGCUGGAUUCUAUGAGUAUCUGGGAAAGAGACAGGCUGCCACGGUAACAGUCAGUGCAUUCAAUGCCACCACCAGCCGGGUCAACGUCACUCUUCUGGAGCAGAGCGGGGUGCACAUCAAACUCUCUGGAACUUACAAGAAAGAAGAAAAUCAUCUAUUAUUAAAAGUUUACCAGAUAAGAGGCCCAACAGAACAAUAUUUUAGCAAAUUCAAAAACGAUAACUGGGCAAUGGAUGGAUAUGUUACUGCAGAAACGGAGAAAAAAAUGUUUGUUUACCAAGGGCACAUUCACAGCAAGGAUUUUGGGAAGUUUCAGUUAACAAGACAAGGUCUUAUUACCACAGAUAUGGAUCCAUCUAAUCCUUACUACGGCACAAACAGCAGUUCUGUGGCAGCUGCCAUUCUAGUGCCCUUCUUUGCGCUUAUUUUAUCAGGGUUUGCCUUUUACCUCUACAAACACAGAACAAGACCAAAAGUUCAGUACAACGGAUAUGCAGGUCACGAGAACACUAAUGGACAAGCUUCAUUUGAGAAUCCCAUGUAUGAUACAAACAUGAAACCAACAGAGGCAAAGGCUGUGAGGUUUGAUACGACCCUCAAUACAGUCUGCACAGUAGUAUAGCCUUUAUUAUCAGCUCUGGACUGACCAGCCUCAUGGGUAAGCAGCAGAGCAGUGGGUACCAGACGCUAAUACUCCUUUACGACUGACUGCACUUUGCUGUAGAUUUUACUUUUAUCACAAGCUUACAAUGGACAAAAUAAAACCAAUGACUAUGUUUUUUAGAGAAAAAACUAAAUUAACAACAAAAAAAAAAACAUAAAAGAAAAAAUACUUUUCAAAGAACGAAGCUCACUUGACGCAUGUUCGGCCAGAACUGAGGUCAACAUUAUUUCUGGGAUCUGUACCGUACAUGGCACUUAAAGGAUUAAGUUUUUUUUUUGUUUUUAUCUUUUUUUUUUAUGUAUUCCCCCCUUAAAAGACUUCCUGGGAAAGAUACUGACGUGUCUUUGAACGCCACAAAGUUGUUGACGCAAUGUAUUUUCUUCAGUGAAGACAAACCACAAAACGAGAAAGCAACUGGACUACUGUGGCUUAGCACACUUAAUAGAUCUCCACCAAGAAGGUGACAAAACGCUACAAGAAGCUCAAAUGAGAGACGCUCACCUCCAGAUGGAGGACGGAACUCAACCGCUGUGUUGAAAAAAAGAAUAAACUUUAUUGCACAAAUUUUGCACUAAAAUGAAAUGGAUAUGAAAUCAAUGUAUUGGAAGAAACAAAAAAUAAUAUACAGGGUUUUAUUGACCAUAUGUAUAUAAACAUAAACUCAUAUCCAUAGAGAGCACGAUGUCAUGCUGCGGCUAUCAAGAGAGACUGAAUUUAUUUUUGAAAUGAAGUUCUGUUUAUGUUUACAAGGUGAUAAGGACACAAUUGAAUCAUUUUUGAUUGCUUUUUAAAGCAUUCAUCAUACUUCACAUCACGCACAUGUUGUACUGUUCCUUCGUGGUGUGCCCAAUCACUUGCUUGGACUAGCAUAUGCUGACAAAUUACAUUUCAUUUUUUAUGUUUGAAAUCAUUAUAGCUUUACUCACCAAUUUGCCGUAUCACCAAUUUGCUUUCAUUACGUAUCAAGUAUACCUCUUGUGCAGAACAUGACUGUAUUUUGAUGGCGCAGAUUUUGAGUUCAUUUAUCAGCUCUGUGUGGAUGACUAUACAAGAUUUAUCUGAGCCCACAAGUUGAUGCAUUUUUUCCCACAUUCCUCCUUUUUCUGAACCAGUGUGCAUCUCCCGUGCACAUUAGAAACACAAAAUCAGCGGGGUUAAGAUCAAGCUUACUCUCGAAGAAACACUGCCUUAUUAGAUUCAGAAGCAUGACCGGGCCACACCGGUUCCCAAUGACCCAUAUCAUUAGUAUAUUAACCUAGAUGAAGAGCGUAGGGCUGCUGGGGUGCACAUUCACUGUGAUUUAAAUGUCAUGACCACGCUGAUUCCAGUGCAUGUGCUAAAACUGUAAGUGCUCCCAUUUUUCCACGUGAACAACGUGAUGCCUGAUGUUUUCUCAAUGCUGUGUUACCAUAUGCACUUGCGUGCUACACAUCGACAGCUUUGAGCAUAAAAUGUGCACAAUGACAUUGUAGGCUUGCUGUCGGAUAUCAUAUCAUUUUCACAUUGAUUGUAUUUUCAAUCAAAACCACGUUUUGUUUCCAAAAGUGUUUCGAUGUUUUCCGUUGAGUCAUGCUCUCAGAUUGAACCAAUUCCGUGUACGUUGGAUUCGCCAGGUUGGCGUAAAGAGCAGUGUCAGUUUUCUCACACUGCGGAUGAUCCACGUCUUGCCUUUUCUCAGGCUUGCUGCAAUAAUAUUUCUUUGUUCAGUUGCAUUUUGUACAGUUUUGUUUCCUUACAACUGUAAAAUAGUUUCGCCACUGUCAAGCUGUAAAACUGCAUUCAAACCAACAAUCGUGCUACUCGCCAUUGUCAUUCGAUCAUGUGCUGCUGACUUGAAGUAGGUGCAAAAGAUGUUUUUGUACAGAAAUAUAUUUUUUAUGCAGAAUUUGUAAAAUUAAUAAAUAUGCUGUACUUUUUUGAUUAAUGUAGGUAAAAUUGUUAAAAUAAAUGUUUUUACUGUAUAAAAAUUUAAAU